GUUUCAUUCAGUUGACGGUUGAUUGUGCAGAGAGUAGGGUCGUAGACCAGAGAUUCACACACGAUGCGGGACUUUGCGCGGUACUGUGUAUGUUUCCUGGCAUUUUCUCUCACGGCCGGUGAGCUUGUAACUGUUCCUGGAGCUCGUGAGCCUGAUGGUCACUCCAGACGCGGUAAGGAUGGUUCGUUUAAAUCCAGUGCGGCUUCUUCCCGCUCGCAAACCCCCCAGGUGCAAGGUUUCCAGGAACGUGAACUUGAAACCGACUACUGGCUCGAGCAGGCUCAGCAAACGCUCGCCCAGAAAUUGGCCACCCCGCACAACACGGACCACGCCAAGAACGUGAUCUUCUUCAUCGGUGACGGUAUGUCUUCGCAAACGGUGGCCGCCACGCGCAUGUACCUUGGCAACGAGGCCAACUUCCUAUCGUUCGAGAACUUCAAGGACCUCGGCUCGGUUCGCACGUAUUGCGUCAAUCGACAGGUGUCAGAUUCGUCCUGUACUGCAACCGCCUACCUAUCCGGGGUGAAGAUCAACUACGGCAUGGUAAAUAUUGCGGCCUCCGUUGACCGGUACGCCUGCGAGUACGAUCGCAAUGCGUCCGAUUUCGAUGGACUGCUCAAGUGGGCACAGGAUGCGGGCAAGAGUACGGGCAUCGUCACGACCACGAAGAUUACACACGCAACACCGGCCGGAGCGUACGCGAGCAGUGCAAACAGGUACUGGGAGAAUGACGUCGAGGUAGCAUCGUCCGAUUGUGAUCCGUCUCGUGUGGACGACAUUGCCGAGCAGCUGGUGGAUAAAGAGGUGGCCCAGCGGUUCAACGUGGUGCUGGGAGGUGGUCGCGGUAAUCUUCUUCCGAAGGAAACGAUGGAUGAGGAAGGUAAGCCUGGGUACCGCGAGGAUGGUAAGAACUUGAUCGAACAGUGGAAACAAACGCACGAGACGAUGGGACGCUCCCAGUACGUGUGGAACCGGGAGCAGCUGAUGUCGGUCGACACUGCCAACACGGACUAUUUGCUCGGGCUGUUCGAGAGCGGUCACAUGAAGUACAACCUCGAGCUGAAGGAUAAUAGUGAGGCGAGCCGAAUGGAACCGACCCUGGAGGAUAUGACACGGAAGGCGAUCGAGCUGCUGCAGCGGAACAAGAAUGGGUACGUGCUGUUCGUGGAAGGAGGACUGAUCGAUGUAGCUCACCACGAAACCUGGGCUCGGUUGGCGCUGGACGAAACGGCCGAAAUGGCGAAGGCUAUCGAUACGGCGCGCAAAAUGACCAGCGAGCAGGAUACGUUGAUCGUCGUUAGCUCGGAUCAUUCCCACACGAUGACGUACAAUGGAUAUCCGAAACGUGGUAAUGACAUCCUCGGACUUGGUGACAUCAGUGAUGAGGACCUCCUGCCCUACACCACUCUUAGCUACGCCAAUGGGCUGUCGUACUACACGACCUACACCGAGGAAAACCAUGCCAUCCGAGCGGAUCCUUCAAACUACGAUUACAAGCAGACAGAUAUGCGGUACAUGGCAAUGGUACCAAUGGAUGCGGAAACGCACGGUGGCGAUGAUGUUGGGGUCUGGGCGUCGGGCCCAAUGUCGCACCUGUUCCGGGGCGUUUACGAACAGAACACCAUCCCGUACCUGAUCUCGUACAUCGCCCAGAUCGGUGACUAUUACGAAGAGUCCGACUCUGGCGCCGGCCAACCAUUAGCCGUGUGCCUGUCACUCCUUCUAGGCUGUUCCAUUGCCGCGCUAAUGAGGCGAUAAUUAAUCCUCCUGUCCUAUUGGUAACAAUGAUCGGCCAUCUGUCAACGAGGGGGAGUUACCAUUUGAUCGAUGUAAUACAACGACGUAACGUAGCGCCCGCACAGAAGCGUUCGACCAUUGGGGGAAUUCUUUUAGAUUACGCCCGAUAAGGAGAACCACCGGCUUAUCAGAAGUGUUGGGGGUUUUAAUUGUAAAUAGUUGUCUAGGCGUAGGUGUACCGCGUGCCUCAAGGCUCUUGAUGAAGUGAAUAAAUAUAUAUCAGUUAUUGAUACCCUUAAUCGUA